AUGCAGACUAAUUCAGCAACUGCACCUCCACUGCAACACACAGAACGGAAAGACUACCUCCUCAACAGAUCUUCCUCCUACAUCCCUAGCAAAGGAAGAAAUCCCGCCGCCACUGAUCUCGCAGACCAACCUCCGACGGCCAAAUCUUCUUCGAACAUGGGAAGAAAGGAUUCAGAACUGUGCGUCCAUCCAAAUUCUUCUGUUUCUGGCUUAGAAAUAGCAGCGAUUAAGCUUCCGCCUAUAGUGACCGAGCCAAAGAAGAAACAAGUGCCGGUGCAUGACACGAAGGAUACAAUUGACAAGAGAGAAGAAAGGAGAUCGGCUUCGGGAUCGGGAUCGAUUCGUUGUCGGACUAAGCAACGACGGAAGAACUCUCCAAGGAUAGCGAGGAGGACUGCUGCGAGCCCAGUACGAGGGACAAGAGCAUUGAGCGAAAGCAUGGUGGUCGUCAAGACGUCGUCAAAUCCACGUGGGGAUUUUAUGGAGUCGAUGAUGGAGAUGAUCAUGGAGUACAGAAUCCGAGAGAGGAAAGAUUUGGAACAGCUGCGCGCAUGCUACUUGUCGUUGAAUUCCAUGGAGUUUCACGAAGAGAUCAACAAGCGAUUAGAGGUCCUGUGA